AUGAAUUAAAGUAAAAUUUAAUUCGAAGAUGUUUGGGAGAAAAGAAAUUUAAUGUUCUUCUUACUUGACAAAAAAUUGAAUAAGAAAAGUAAAAAGAAUCAUGAACAUGACAUUUUAUUAUUUGGAUAAGCAAAGGCCUUAAAUUCACCAGGUAGAUUUACAAAAUGUUAAUUAAACUAAAAUACACAAUUAUACUUUAUUAUUUUACAACUUGAACUUGAUGAAAUUAUCAAUCCAAAGGAGGUUCAAAUCUAUAUGAAAGUCCAAUUAAAAAAAAGUAAUUAUAAUAUAAAUUUUAGGAUAUAUAGAAAUAAUCUCAAAAAGUAUUAAACUUAACUUCAGAAAUUAACCUGUAAAUAUAUGCGAAGAUAUCUUAAUACACUCUUAAUGUUAUUUUCUCAAAUGA